AUGCAUCAACAGAAUAUUCUCAACACCAGCGAGGCCGCGACGCCAAAUUCCGGCAAGAAGAGAGCUUUUCUGCCAGAUGAUGAGGUGCUCGAUAACGACGACUCCAAGAAGCGCCGGUAUGCACAGGACGACGUGCGUGCGGCUGGACGUUGUGGCAGCAAUAUGCGCUUUGGUACCACUCAGCCCGCUCUCACGGCAUCGGAGCACCGGGGACGUUCGGAUGAGCUGCAGCGAGGUCGCACACGGUGGCGAGAGGGGAGUGAGCCGCCGAACUGGGACUGUCGGGAGUUUCACGAGCGUCUAAGCAUGGUUGCGAGCUAUGACGAUAGCGCUGGAGCAGAGAGGAACCCUUUUCAGGACUCUGAGACCAGGAGAGCUAUAGCUGCGUGA